CAGGACCCAAAUGGCACCCAUAUCACGUGAGACUCUGGUGAAGCAGAUGAAGGCAGUGAAAAGACUUCCAAAACUGAAAGGAAAAGCCAGUGAGAAGGUGGCAGGAGAGAUCAGCUUGCGCAAGAAGAAGCUGUUAGAAAUGGACAGCAUAUUCGUGGAGAAGUACGAAGAAUUGCUUUUCGUGGCGGAGCUGGUUCGUGGAACAAAUUGGGAAGGACAGAUUGCAGUAGCUGCGAAUAUAGAUACCAAGUCGAAGAAGGAAUUGGUCGCCAAAGCUAAAGGUCUUCACUUGAACGCUGAUUUGGCCCCUCCCCAUUACAAGGAGUAACUCAAUAGAAGUCCUUGUCUCCAGUAGUUUCCAGGACAGACUGAUUAAAAAUUACAAACAUGAACAAGAUUUCAUUUUCAUCUGUAACAAAUUGCCAUGUAUAUUACAUUUAUCUAGAGGAUAAUCCACUUGCUGUAGCAGGGAUCUGCCCCCUCUUUUCUUCUUGCUCUUCUGGCUAAUUUUUGAGGGAGGGAAACCUAUCAUAUGUGUACUUGGCACCUGAUCCUAAAAUCCAUAGAAAAUGAGGAAAAAAUUAACACCAUCUCAAGUUUAGUAUCUGUAAUAUCUUCUUCUCUGGACCUAAUUUUCAAUCUUAAAUAAACAGCAAAUCAAAUUCA